UAAAGCUUUCACGAGCUUGUUAAAACGAUCACUAUUUUUGAUACGAUCGUAAGUUAAAUAUUUUGAUAUAUUGGUUUUUAAAACAAUUAUUAUGUGCAUAUUUGAAUAUUUUCUGUAGAAAAGUAGCUCAAAUGCUUAAUUUAGUUCAUAAAAUUUUAUAACUUUGAACGAAAUGCGAACACGUGGGACUCUGUGUCUAGUGAAACUUUUAAUUGCCGCAUUUAUUGCUAUAACCAUAGGUUUAAUUAUAACAAGUUGGAUUUUGCCAAAUGACGAAUUGACAUAUAAAGAUAAACUCAAAGCUGAUACAUGGCAUUUCAACGACAUCCUUGGAAGAAAAGAAGCGCAGAUAGAGUUUGCUGAAAAUGUUAAUCAAAAAUUUAUUCAGAACGAAGAGAUGAAAGUAAGAACCGCCGAAGAAGAAGAAUUUGAAAAACAAAACCUUCCGCCUAUUGUUCACAACAUUGAAAGUGCCAAAAAUGCGAAAUAUUUACAAAUUCAAGAGGAUUAUGGUGAGGAUCGAAUAGAUUGGCAUGAUAGAAAUUAUAUGGAACAAGAGAAACUUAAAAUCGGAAUAGGAGAACAAGGAAGAUCAGCUCAACUUCCGUCAUAUGAAACUGAAAAUGAAAAAUUAAUAUUUAGUCAGAAUGGUUUCAAUGGUUUAUUAAGCGAUAAAAUCUCAUUGAAUAGAUCUUUACCGGAUAUUCGUUACGAGAGUUGUAAUUCAAAAAAAUAUUUAGCAGCUUUGCCAACUGUUAGUAUCAUUAUUCCAUUUUAUAAUGAACACUGGAGUACAUUACUACGGUCUGUUUAUAGUUGUUUAAACCGUGCUCCUUCUCAUUUGAUUAAAGAAAUCAUUUUAGUAGACGAUUGUAGUGAUAAAGAAUUCUUAGGCAAACAACUAGAUGAUUACGUUGCAGAAAAUUUGCCCAAAGUUAGAGUAAUUCAUCUUCAAGAACGUAGUGGAUUAAUUUUGGCUAGGUUAGCUGGCGCAAGAAAAGCAACAGCAGAUGUUUUAAUAUUUUUAGAUUCGCAUAUUGAAGCAAAUUAUAAUUGGCUGCCUCCUUUAUUAGAGCCAAUUGCUCUAAAUUCAAAAACAUGUGUAUGUCCCUUUAUUGACGUAAUAGAUCACACUACUUUUGAAUAUAGGGCUCAAGAUGAAGGUGCCAGAGGAGCGUUUGAUUGGCAAUUUUUUUAUAAAAGGUUACCAUUGUUACCUGAAGAUUUAGUAGAUCGAACAAAACCAUUUAGGAGUCCGAUAAUGGCUGGCGGAUUGUUUGCAAUUGGAAGAGACUUCUUUUGGGAACUUGGAGGUUAUGAUGAAGGUUUAGAUAUUUGGGGUGGCGAGCAAUACGAACUUAGUUUUAAAAUUUGGAUGUGCGGUGGUGAGAUGCUUGAUGCACCUUGUUCACGUAUUGGUCACAUAUAUAGAGGUCCUGCAGCCUUCAAAAGAGCGAGAACCACUGAUUUUCUUCAUAAGAAUUACAAGCGAGUUGCUGAAGUAUGGAUGGACGAAUAUGCAAAAUACCUUUAUGAUCGAGAUCCAGAACUUUACAAGAAUAUUGAUGCUGGUGAUCUGACAAAACAAAAAGCUAUUAGAUCAAAACUAAAAUGUAAGUCAUUUAAAUGGUUUAUGGAGGAAAUUGCCUUUGAUUUGCCAAAGGUAUAUCCUCCUGUUGAACCACCAGAUUUUGCUUUUGGUGCAAUUCAAAGUGAUUCCAAUCCGAAUUUAUGCCUUGAUACUUUAAAUGGUGGAAUAAAUGAAGAAAUUGGGCUAUACCCAUGUGCUCAAAAUUUGGUUAAUCCUCAAUUCAAUCAAAAUUGGGCUUUAAGUUGGCAUAAAGAUUUACGUCUUCGGCAUAGAACUACAUGUUUGGAUGUUUCACAAGGAAGUAAGAAUUCUCCUGUUGUACUAUAUGACUGCCAUGGUCAACGUGGUAAUCAACUUUGGUAUUAUGAUGUUGAAUCAAAGUGGCUCUUACAUGGUGGAAAUAAAAGAUGCUUAGAAGCUGCACCAAAAGUGAUGAAAGUUUAUGUGAAUAAUUGUAAUGAGUUAAAUUUAAAUAUGAAAUGGAAUAUUGGUUACGUAAAUUUAACUGCACUAAAAAAUUAUGAUAAAGAUUAAGGAGAUUUAUAAAUUAAGUUAUUCAUAACUACAUUAUUAAUAUUAAGUUAAAUAGUCUUGAGCCACUUUUCACUUUUAAAUCUUAAAAACAUUUUGGAAAAAUUGAUUUAUGAAUGUGCUAAACCAAAAACUUGUCAGUUGAAUUUCAGAUUUUCAUUUUUUAAUUCAGUAUUAUUUAAAUUCAAUGAACAUGAUAUUGUAAU